AUGUUCACCAUUACUAUGUAUUUUUGAACACAUGAUGAUUGCUUUAUACAAAAUUUAUGUAUGUAUAAUUACAUCCUCUCACCAUUUCAGAUUUUACUUUUUACUUUACAAUCGCUAUUGAAAUCAGUGCAGUUUCCACUGACCACUCGACUUUGAGUAUAAUAUUGGCAGGGGCUUUGCCUUGAAGAUGGAGACAGUAUGGAACUCCAAAAGGUGUGCAAGAUGGCCCACAUCUGCAUGGUAUUAUCACUCUAAAAGGAUCAACAUUUGCAUUAAACAAUCCUGAAAGGUUAAAGUAAAAAAUUGAGAGGUUAAUUACAAUUAAUAAUUAUAAAGACAUAAUUUUCAUUCAAGAUCUGUCAAUCACGACUUUCAUUAAUACACAAACAUAGAGCUUUUUCUAUCUGUAAUCUAGUUAACACUGAUUCAGUGCAUUCCAGUAGGAGUAUUUUGUGUAAAAAUUUUAUAGUAAUUUACUUUCUAAAGGGACUACUUAUGUUUAAAUAACUUCUCUGUUUGAUGGUUACAUUGUACACAGGUUUAUUCAGAUUGCCUAUAAGUUACUUUGUAAUACCAAGGUUUAGAAAGUAUUCAUUUAUGAGAAAAGAAUUAAAGUCAGUGGUGAGAGUGAGGAGAGGAAAAUUGUUGAAAUUGAAUACAAUAAUAGUUACUUUAUCAGCUGAGCUAUCGUUUCUACCAUUCCAGCAUUACCCUUGUCUGAAGAUAGAUGACAGAAGAGUAGCUAUUCCGAUGUAUAUGUUUUCUCCGUGCAUUCGUAGAGGUUGUGUUGGAUUUGAAUGUUGGAGUACAUUUAUAAAAACAGACUUCGUGCUGUUGUGUGUUUUUAUGUCGUAAUAACAUGGGUGAAUGUUUUAACGAAAACGUAUUCGGAGACUGGGGAAGCGAUCCCAAGAAGCUGGGUAAUCCUAUUAAGCCGAUUGAGGAGAAGUGGAAAUUGGUUCCAGCAUUUCUUAAGGUAAAAGGCUUAGUGAAGCAGCAUAUAGAUUCUUUCAACUAUUUCAUAAAUGUUGAUAUCAAGAAGAUUGUCAAAGCCAAUGAGAAAGUUAUCAGCGAUGCUGAUCCUUUAUUUUAUGUGAAGUAUCUGAAUGUCUGUGUUGGAACACCAGAUGUUGAAGAAGCGUAUAAUAUUUCCAAGAGUACAACUCCACAUGAAUGUAGGCUCCGUGAUAUGACAUACUCAGCUCCCAUUACAGUAGAUAUAGAAUACACACGCGGGAAUCAGCGAGUUGUGAGAAAUAAUCUGCUGAUUGGCAGAAUGCCUAUAAUGCUGCGUAGCUGCAAUUGUGUUCUAGCUGGAAAGUCUCAGUUUGAACUGGCAAAAAUGAAUGAGUGUCCACAUGACCCAGGUGGUUACUUUAUUGUUAAGGGACAGGAAAAGGUGAUCCUCAUUCAAGAACAGUUAUCACGCAACAGGAUGAUAGUGGAAGAGGAUCAUAAGGGAGGAAUUCAGUGUCAGGUCACCAGCAGCACUCACGAGAAGAAGUCCCGAACCAAUUUGGUCGUGAAGAACGGAAAGUAUUACCUCAAGCACAACACUCUUCAGGAUGACAUACCAAUUGCAAUCAUAUUUAAGGCAAUGGGAGUGGUGUGCGAUCAAGAGAUCGUGCAGAUGAUCGGAACGGAAGAGCACAUCAUGCAGCGAUUUUCUCCUUCUUUAGAGGAAUGUCAUAAGGCACAAAUAUUCACACAGAAUCAGGCUUUGAGGUUCUUGGGUUUAAAAACUAAACAAAAGAGAUACUUCUCUCCUGGUCCAAAGAAGUCACCAGUUGAUGAGGCACGAGAUAUCUUGACCACAGUGGUACUCGCCCAUGUUCCGGUAGAGAAUUUCAACUUUAAAAUGAAAGCAACUUACACGGCUCUGAUGGUCCGUAGAGUCAUUCAAGCCCAAGGUGAUACUAAAAUUAUUGAUGAUAGAGACUAUUAUGGAAACAAGAGGCUGGAACUCGCUGGCUCACUGCUUGCACUCAUGUUUGAAGAUUUAUUUAAAAGAUUUAAUUGGGAAUUGAAAAUGAUAGCGGACAAGAACAUUCCUAAGAUUAAGGCAGCUCAGUUUGAUAUUGUGAAACACAUGAGACAGGACCAAAUCACCAAUGGACUUGUCCAUGCUAUAUCUACAGGUAACUGGACUAUAAAGCGAUUCAGAAUGGAACGACAUGGUGUGACACAGGUUUUGUCAAGGCUUUCAUACAUCUCGGCUCUAGGGAUGAUGACUCGCGUCAAUUCCCAGUUUGAAAAGACGAGGAAAGUCUCUGGUCCUCGGUCGCUGCAACCAUCUCAGUGGGGAAUGCUGUGUCCCUCUGACACUCCUGAAGGAGAGGGUUGUGGACUUGUGAAGAACUUAGCUUUGAUGACGCAUAUCACGACCGAAGUUGAAGAAGCGCCUAUUAUCCGUCUUGCCUUCAACAUUGGGGUUGAGGAUGUCAAUCUUCUGGGUGGAGAAGAAAUCAAUAGUUCUCAAGUAUACAUGGUGUUCCUCAACGGUAACAUAUUGGGUGUCAUCAGAGAUCAUCAGCGUCUUGUACGGAUAUUUCGCCUGAUGAGACGCAAUGGCUACAUUAAUGGCUUUGUUUCCAUAUAUCCGCAGCAGCAACACAGAUGUGUAUAUAUCAGUUCUGAUGGUGGUAGACUUUGUAGACCUUAUAUUAUAGUGGAGAAGGGAAAGCCUUUGGUAAAGCAAUAUCACAUCAGUGAGCUGAUACAGGGUGUCAGGAACUUUGAGGACUUCUUAAAUGAAGGUCUGAUUGAAUAUCUGGAUGUGAAUGAAGAGAAUGACAGUCACAUUGCUCUGAACGAGUCAUCUGUCGAUGCUCAGGUGACAUCACAUCUUGAGAUCGAGCCCUUCACGCUGUUGGGAGUAUGUGCCGGGUUGGUACCGUACCCACACCAUAAUCAGAGUCCUAGGAACACUUACCAGUGUGCUAUGGGGAAACAAGCCAUGGGAACAAUUGGGUACAACCAGAGAAAUCGUAUAGACACAUUAAUGUACAACGUGGUAUAUCCUCAGGCACCGAUGGUCAAGUCUCACACCAUAGAGCUGAUUAAUUUUGACAAGUUGCCAGCUGGCCAAAAUGCAACAGUGGCCGUUAUGAGUUACAGUGGCUAUGACAUUGAAGAUGCGCUCAUCUUGAACAAAGCAUCAAUUGACAGAGGCUAUGGGCGGUGUUUGGUGUACCGUAAUGCUAAGACCACGCUGAAAAGAUAUGCCAAUCAGACCUAUGACCGCAUACUUGGACCUCUUAUUGAUGCUGACACAAAGAAACCAGUAUGGAAGCAUGAUAUUCUCGAUGCAGAUGGCAUAGCAGCUCCGGGCGAGAAAGUGGAAAAUCGACAGGUGCUUGUAAACAAGUCGAUGCCAGCUGUUACACUGAACCCAAUCAAUCCUCUUCAAGCCCAGCCUGAGUAUAGGGAUGUACCACAAGUGUACAAGGGCCCUGUACCUUCGUACAUAGAGAAAGUGAUGUUAUCUUCCAAUGUAGAGGAAUCCUUCCUCAUCAAGCUUCUGCUGAGACAGACUCGUCGGCCAGAGAUUGGUGACAAGUUUAGUAGUCGACACGGACAGAAAGGAGUCACAGGUCUCAUAGUUGAGCAGGAGGACAUGCCUUUCAAUGAUCUUGGAAUUUGCCCUGACAUGAUAAUGAACCCUCAUGGCUUUCCAUCCCGUAUGACAGUGGGGAAACUGAUAGAGUUGUUAGCUGGAAAGGCUGGUUUGGUGGAGGGCAAGUUCCACUAUGGCACUGCUUUUGGUGGAUCCAAAGUGGCUGACGUGUGUGAAGAAUUGGUUCGUCAUGGCUUCAAUUAUCAAGGGAAAGACUUCUUUUACUCGGGAAUUACUGGAGAGCCUUUACAGGCCUACAUCUACUCUGGACCAGUUUACUAUCAGAAAUUAAAGCACAUGGUCCAGGACAAAAUGCACGCUCGUCCCCGCGGACCUAGAGCUGUUCUAACAAGACAGCCAACGGAGGGUCGCAGCAGGGAAGGAGGUUUACGUCUUGGCGAGAUGGAACGCGACUGUUUAAUCGGCUAUGGAGCCAGCAUGAUGCUUGUGGAGAGGCUGAUGAUUUCCAGCGAUGCAUUUGAUGUAGAUGUGUGUAAUCAGUGUGGGCUGCUGGCAUACUCUGGCUGGUGUCACAGCUGCAGGUCUAGUGCGUCUGUGUCGACCAUCACUAUACCGUACGCUUGCAAGCUGUUAUUUCAGGAGCUGCAGUCCAUGAAUAUUGUGCCGAGACUAACACUCAAGAACUACUGUGAUUGAACACGACAUGCAUGUGACUUGUACACCUUCCCCUAUCAGGUAUUUUCGAUAAUAAAACUUGUACAUUAGCGCUG